UAUUGUUAUGUUUAUACGACCGUGCUGAGUGCCUCAGGCAAUGCUUUAGUUACGAACUAUACAUGAAUCUAUGAUAGUUCCAUAUUAUUAUAGUUUACUGGUUUCGUUCGACUGUGAUGAUUGUGUUAUAUCCCUUACAAGCAGCGAAUGUAGAAAUUACAUGAAUGUAUUUUAAUGUUUACAUGUGCUUCUUAGUCAAACGUACUUCAUCUAUAAAUAUCUCGAUUUUUUAAAAAUAAUAGUAAUGAAAGUAAAGUAAUGGCUAGUGCAAGCAAAAUAUAUAAUACUAGAGUUAAAGAAGCAGGUUUUUCUUCAAAUAAUAAUGUAUCUACGUCGGAACAGUCAAAUUUUCUAUCUAUACCGGUUAUAUUUUCUCCUUAUGUAGUUUCUAAUCGUGGAAAAUCCAAUGCUAGAAAAGAACAGCAGCUAAAACGGGGUUUUAGUCUUCGUCAUUCUUCGAGCUAUGAUAUUCCUACCAAAGACACUAUCAUGAAAAAUUUAAAUAUUUCAAUUGAAGAAGAAGAACGUACCGCACAAUAUUUUCAUUUUCUUUUGAAUAAAGAAACGGAUAGAUUAACCGAAUUAUGUGAAAAGUGGAUGAAAAUUGUUGUAGAAGCUGAAAUUACAGAAAAUGCUCAAUGGGAAAUAAAUCAAGUUAUUGAACAAACACAUUUGUUAAUAAAUAAAAAGUUUGAUAGAUUUCGUAAAUUGGUUACUAAUUGCGAAAUAGGGAAAGGAGAGAUGUUAGUUACAUGCAAAGAUUUGCAAGGAUUUUGGGAUAUGAUGUACAUGGAUAUAAAAAAAUGUGAUUUACAAUUUGAAAAAUUGAGGGAUCUUUGUUCACAGGACAGGAAAGAAGACGUGCUUGAUAACAAAUCAGUUACUAAAAAAACAUUAGAUUCCAUUAAAUCUAUCUUAACAAAAAAAAAACAUAAGAUGACACAGAAAAUUAGAAACAGUGGUGCUAAAGGUAAACUUGAAUCUAAUUUAUACCAAACUUUAGGUGAUAAAUAUGAAAAGAAUAUAAGUUCUGGGAUAAAACACAAAAUAAAGGCUAUAUUUAAUAGCUCUAAUGGAAAAAGACUUUCACCUGCAAAGUACGCUGAAAAAUUAAGUUUACUGCAAAAUAUACAGUUAUCUGAAGCAUUGUCGAAACAAGAGCCUUGCUCAAAAACAAUAAAUCUGAGUGAAAUAUGUAAAACACCAGAAGUUCAGUUAGAUGAUACAAUAUCUUACAUUAAUUCUAAUCAAAUACCAAGAAAGAGCAUAUUAAAACGGCCAAAGGAUUCAGCUAAAAUGGGAUGUCUCAUGAAAUUAACAAAUAAAGUUAAUUUUGAUGAUCAUAUAGUUUUAAAUGAAGUGCCAAUUGAUGAAGAAACAGAGGUAAAAUUAAGUUUAGCUGCAGCAUUGUCAAGAAUAGAUAAUUUUGAUCUUGAUAGCUCUAAUAAUGUAACAGCUUUUAGAACAGAAAGAAAACAUUUUUUUGAUGACGUUAGAUCUGAUGAACAUAAAGAUGAUAUCAAAGAAAAUUCAAAAGAUAAUAAAAUAACGUCUCCACCAACACAAAUGGCAAUAGCAUUCCAAGAAUUGAAUAAAAGUCUCGGUACACCACAAGAAAGAAGCACGAGGGAACAAAAUUUUGUAGAUAAAAAUGCGAUACCAAAUCAAACUCUACCAUUCAAUAGAAAUAUUUUCACACCAAUUAAAGAAAAUAAAGAUGUUGAAACUGUAAAUACACUAAAACAGAAAGAUAUUCCUAUAAAUCACAAAAAAGAAAUCAACAAUAGUGAUGAAAAUAUAAGAAUUUUAAGAAAUAGAACUGUUAUUCCAAUGGAUACACCUAUAGCUAAGAGAAGAUCUUUUAGCGAAAUGUUUAUGGAUAUAGAAGAACUAGGACAUAAAGAAAAUGAAUCACCUAUAGAGAAGAAAAGAAAAACAAGUUCUUUUAAAAUUAACAUUGAUAAUAGUGAAAAAUUGAAUAUAGAUGAAACUAAUAACAACAAGGGAAGAUCUAUUAAAAAUGUCAAAUUUUCUGAAAAAAACAUAGCACAGAAAGAAACAGACCAACCCUAUCUAUGAUUUCUCGUGUUCAAAGGUGUAAAAUACAUUCCAACAAAUACAUUCCAAUAGAAGAUUCUAUUUCUUUGGAAAUGCGAAAGAAAACUCCAGAAUGAAUUAGGAGAUCUAAAAGCAAAAUAUCAUAGUUUGUAUGACUGAUGUACAAAUAUAAAGUUCUUAUAAUUUUCAAUCAGUUUAAUGAAACUUUCAAUUGUUACACUUUUUAUCCACGAAAAUCCUCAAGUAUUUAUAUGGAUUGUUUUCAUUGAAACUACAUUUUUAAGCAUUUAACGUCUUCGUUUAUACUUUAUACAAUAUUAAUAUGUAAUGUUAAUGUACUAUAUAUUCUUAUUAGAUUAAAUAGGAUUUCAUUGAACAACAUAUUUAUUUAUAAAAAGGCACCCAGAGGAAGUUAGAAAAUUUGUGCGUGUUGUAUGAUAAUAUUUAUAUUAAUAAAAUUUAUUUUUUGUCAGAA